AUGGUUUUGGAUGACCCGGGUAGGAGAUAUGGUGUUCAAGAUCCAAAUACUAAAAACAAUUUUACGUGCACUUUUUGUGGACAAGUUACAAAAGGAGGAGUAUACCGCCUCAAAAUACACUUAAUUGGUGGUCAUAAAUACGCAAAGAAAUGCCCAAAUUUCCCGGAGCAUGCUCGAGAAGAAUGUAGGGCAUACAUGCAAAAGAAGGGUGAAAUAAAGGCACAUCAACAUAUGGAAGCAAAUUUUCGGAUGCAACAACAAACUUAUGGAUAUGAGGGCAUUGAAAAUGAGGAGGAAGAUGUUAUUGAAAUAUCGGCUUUGCUGCUUGAAAUCGGGUUCCUAAUAAAUCACGAAACAAAAAAGGUUCAAGAAAUCGAAUUGAAGAAACUGCUUCACGAAAAUCAACCUCCUUCAAAACUACAUAUACUCUGUUUAAGGACUUUGAAAUUUGUUGCUUAG